GGACCCAUCAGGGCCGGUGGGGAAGAGAAGCAUCAGCGAAUAAUGCGGGGCUGAUUGCGAAGGUCCAUGUUGGGAAUCGCAAUGCUUGGCCGUGUCCAAUCCAUUUCUAAGGCUUGGUGUCUGGGGACAAUCAACUUUGUGAGGUCACACGAGAGGCGUUUGAUGAAAAGUCCAUAACACGAGCACGCAUCAGCCAGACCAAUUCCUCCACCUCCACACUUUAUAAGCUGCACCAUCCGCGCACCUGCAUCUGUCCCAACGCAUCAGCAUCCCCAACCCCAACCCCAUCCCCACGAUUCGAGCCAGUAUUACAUACAUUGCAUACAGUACUCCGUACAUUACAUACAUUCGAUAAUUGCAGACCGCCUUCUCCUUUUCCCCCCAUCCCAUUCCAUCGUGCAGUGCGUGCGUGCGUGUCAUCAGGUUAUCAUCAAGCUCCUGUCGUCUCGUCUCUCCCUCCGCAUUGUUGCCCUCUUACAAAAGGAAAACUUAAUUCUCGCCACUUGGUCAUCUCCCACAGACGCAAUCUAUUCACUUUCUCCCACAACAGAGCAACAACUUUCUCAGUACCAAAAGAAAGAGAGAGAAAAGACAAUGGAAGCCCUCCAAUUCUCCCAAAUCCUGGCAGAUCUCUCCACCCUCCAAAGCACAGUUCGUCCCCCUCUCUCACGAUCCGUCUCUUCCCUUCCCACCUCCAUCUCCCGGACCGGUCCCUCUCCCAGCGAAAGCGGUUCAGGUCUAAGUCAAAGUCCACCACGUACACGUCCCUCCAUAGCCUCCUCCGUAUCUCACCUUUCUCCCGUCCAGGAACCAUCUGCUGCCGCCAACUUACUCAAUGCCAACAACACACUCACCAAGAACCACCUGCGCAAGAAGUCCAAGGGGUCGAUCCUGCCUGAGCCCCCAAAGUUCGACAAGUUGGGACGCAGAAUCAUCCGGGGACCUAUGAGUGGGACGUCUACUCCGCGAGCUAUGCCGGUGUUGAGUAGGAUGGGUUCGGGGUUUUCGACGUACUCUAGUAAUGCGGGGAGUGGGAGUGUGACUCCGAAUAAUAAGGAGGGUUCGGCUGGACCUGUAAGUAUCCCUUUUACCCUUGUCUUCAUCUGUUUCUUUUUGAUGCCUCACUUUUAUUCUUAUAAUGAACGAGUACGGGACUGAUACGUACAACAGCAAGACGAAGACAUGGCACGUGCAAAGAAACUCCUAGAACUAUACCAAAUGCGCGGCGCCUUCCAGAAGAUGGGCGAUAACGGACUCUCCCGCUCCCAAUCCCGAGUCGAUAAAGUAGUCGACGUAUACACCGCAAAGAGCGUCGAAGAAAAAGAGCGAGCCUCUCGCGCGAAAUACACUUAACAACAGAAAUCACAUGCCAUUGUGAACGAGGACGAACCUGUAUAUUUAAGUGUCACGAUAUGGGAUUAAUGAGGGAAAGGCUUGCUACUGGUAUCAUGGGUAAUGGUAAUACACAAAAUGGGAAACUCCAGGUCUAGCCGUUGUGGUGGCAUGGAGUUUUUUGGUCAAGGAUAGAAAAAAGAUUGUUAUGGCGCUGGGAUGGUGGGAAGGAGGUGUUUCGGAGGAUUAAACGGGCUUGCAAAAUCGGUUAUACCCCCUUUUUGGCUCAUUUGUCGGCGGUGGUUUUCCA